AUGGUUAAUAAAUUGCUGUUAUUGCAGGUACCAUUAAUAAAUACUACUCCACAUCAUCUGCUGAAAGAUGGCCAACUGGUUCGUUUCCGGGGAAUGAUACAGGACAUGUACAAUCCAGUUUAUUAUCUGGCCACUUAUGAAGUAUUGGAUACUACAACUAACCAGAAAAUUGUGAGAUCAGGGAAAUACAAGGAUUCUUUGCAGUGUGCUGAGCAUGAAAAAGUCCUGUUUGAAUCCGACCUGACAGUGAACCAGGAGAGAAGGCCAGUUUAUUGCAUAUCUGUCCCUGCUGUCAACGAUUGGGCUCUAAACGGGGAAGAUGCGCGAUCCUACUGUACACACACCAUGAACCUGCCACGUAUCUGGCUGCCAUGGUGUGGGAUCGGACGUCGAAAAAAAAGAAACAGAAAUUUCAUAAUACUUUUAUUUACUGAGUGUUUUUUUUAUUUUUAUUAUUGUUCAAUUGUUGAUGGGCAACAUUGUCGAGUCGUCUCUCAGAAAUAUUGCCUUAACUUGUUACUUCAGUGCAAAAAGACUGAUCCCAGGCCUGACCAAAUACAAGGUCCACGUUGUGCUGCUGGCGGCGUCAAAAGAAAUGUCGAAGACACCAAUGACACUCCCGAUGAAAGUCCAAAGGUUGGCAGCAAUGAAGAGCAAUCUAAGAGGCUAUGUUCUUCCAGAAGUGAAACUGCAGUAGUUGGCGGAACUGGAAUGGCAAUGGAUACCAGCAGUGUUGAGCAAACAAUGGAUUUGAACUUGCCGAUUCCAGACAGCCAGGCCGAAGCCUGUUUGAUCAAUUUCUAUGACGUGGAGGAAGGCCAGCUGCAGAUCAACGCUGUGAUAGAAGUGGCGGGAUUUCUCAGCUACGACGUAGCUCUGGUCACCUCGGCGGUGGAUGGGUUAGAUGAGCCUCUCCCUCCUCCCUCCCUGGUGCCUAGGCUGCAUGCCGUGGCACAGAGACCUGUACACUUCAGUAACCCUUUGUUAACAUCACAGAUUACAGUGGGUACGUAUAUGAAAGUUAAGAUUUCCCUGGUAGCUGAAAAACUGCAACCAAUUUGUCCAGAUGAAGUGGUUGCGAAUGUGCCCAGACUGAGGGAUGAGCUGAAGCUGGUUUUGACGCAGUUGCUGCUGGGAGACGCUCUUGCCGCAGACUACCUUAUCUGUCAUCUCAUAUCUCGCAUAUAUCUGCGGCAGGACAUGCUUGUGCUGGGCAAAUUCUCGCUGAACCUGUCCAACAUUCCUGAUCGUAGAACUGCAGCUGAUUACACCUUUCGGCUCUACCAGUUGCUAUAUCUGCGGCAGGACAUGCUUGUGCUGGGCAAAUUCUCGCUGAACCUGUCCAACAUUCCUGAUCGUAGCACUGCAGCUGAUUACACGUCUCGGCUCUACCAGUUGCUCUGUCCAACAUUCCUGAUCGUAGCACUGCAGCUGAUUACACAUCUCGGCUCUACCAGUUGCUGUAGACUCUGUUGUUCAGUCUGGAACUAUCGUUGUUAUGUUUGCAGAUAUCUGCGGCAGGACAUGCUUGUGCUGGGCAAAUUCUCGCUGAACCUGUCCAACAUUCCUGAUCGUAGCACUGCAGCUGAUUACACGUCUCGGCUCUACCAGCUGCUACAGACUUUGCUAUCAAAGAGCCACUAUCUGCCCAUUACUUUGGACAAUAUGAACAACAUCAACAUGAUUCCCAAGAAGAAUUAUGAGACCAACAGACUGGAGAGUGGAUUGCUGCAGCUAAGUGACAAGACACAUCUGGUGAUAGACGAGACUAUGCUGGAGCCUGGACAACUCAACGAUAGAGGAGUCCGGAACUGCCGAGCUCUCGGUUCCGUCAUAAGUAACCAAAGGUUAGAGUACGACUUUCAGUUUUACCCUGUAGAGUUCAACACCGACAUACCUGUACUCAUUCUCUCCGAGGGGAAAUCUAUGUUACCGGUGAGUUACUCACUUUGUAUUGAUACAUUAUUGGCCAUUUAUUGUUACUAAAAAUAGUAAACCAAA